UUCAUGGCUUUUACUAAUUAAUUCUUUUUGAAUUCCAAAAUCAAACCAGAUCACUUCAACCACACAUUCCCUAUGAUUAUUUUCAAAGUAGAAUUCUCGAAGGGUCUCGAGGAUCGUCACACUGAUUGAGUGGUUCGAGUAGAAACCGAGAAUGAGAACAUCAAUGUAUUGAGUACGAUUACCGCUAUGCAGCAAAUCGCUGCCAUCGUGAUUCCGGAACUUGAUCCCCAUACCUGUCAAAUCGGCAAGGCAAAGAAUGCGCAAAGAAGGAUGUUGGACUUCUCAGUCACUGAGUUUCUGAAGGUGGAUAACUUGCAUGAUGUGCGGCAGCAGAUGAGUACAGAGGAGCAGAGUUAUGUUGUUGCUGACCUAGUGAAAGCUCUUGGAAGGAUACACUCUGUUCGGCUGAGCGACAAAUGGGUUAAGGAAAUCUUGGACAAGACGCUGCAUGAAGAAGGCGAGAAAUCUCUUAAGAGCUUCGAGCAGCCUGGUGUUAUCGGUGGGCCCAAUACGGGAUUUCUGAGUGGCGGAUAA